GUAUCGGCAGCGUUUCUGCUGCUCGUCCUCGCCGGGCCCAUUAAAGCAAUCACGUUUCUCCUGCUGCACGGCUUUCUUGGCUCCACUCUCGGUCUCUGCUGGGGUCUCGGUCUGUCUUGGCCCAUCUCCAUCCUCGCCUGCACAUUCGUGCGGGCAGCAGGCGCAGUGUCCUUUGUGCUGCUCUCCUCGUGGCUCAUUCGAGAAAACAUUCUCAAACUGAUCCUCAUGAACGUGCAAGCAUCGCUCUCACACGUGUUUGCGGGCAUCAGUGCCAGCCUCGUGCCCUCCUUCUCCCUCAUCACCGUCAUCUUCACCACCCUCUUGCUGUUCAACUCAGCAUCCUUCGCACUUCUCCUCCACAUUCUUUACACACUUUUCCUGCGGCGACUUGGGAUUGCAACACCAACACAGUUACCCAACUGGAUGGAGCGGUCAUUGUAG